CAUUAAUAACUAUUUUUUCUUCCAAAAAAAAGUUGUUUGACUUUCUCGAAAAAAUUUCAGUUUCAUUCUUUUGCCCAGAUAUAGGUGACAGAUCAAGAUGGGUCGUGUUAAACUGGAGAUAAAGAGAAUAGAAAACAACACAAAUCGACAAGUUACAUUCUCAAAGCGUAGAAAUGGGCUCAUUAAGAAAGCCUAUGAGCUUUCCAUCCUUUGUGACAUUGAUAUUGCUCUCAUCAUGUUCUCUCCCUCUGGUCGACUCAGCCAUUUCUCGGGCAGAAGAAGGUGGAUUGAGGAUGUGUUCACUCGUUUCAUCAAUCUCCCUGAUCAAGAAAGAGAACAAUCUUUACAUCCUACAGAGAAGGGCAGGCAUUUUGAUAUUCAAAACAAAGAGCAUUUGCUUAGGACCUUACAGCAACUAAGGAGUGAAAAUGACAUUGCUCUUCAAAUUGCCAAUCCGACGGCUGUUAACUCUGAUAUCGAGGAACUUCAACAGGAAAUUGGUAGAUUACAGCAACAACUACAAAUGGCUGAAGAACAGAUAAGGGUAUAUGAGCCUGAACCAACAAAAAUCGCAUCUAUUGAAGAGCUCGAAUCCUGUGAGAAAAAUCUAGUUGAUACCAUGACACGUGUUAUGCAGAGAAAGGAAUAUUUGCUGAGCAACCAUCUAUCUACUUAUGAUCCAUCCAGUUUACAGCAAGGGAUCACAGCCUCUUUCGAAAAUGAAGUCGUCAAUUGGAUGCCGGAUGGUGGACACAACCAUGGACAUAUUUUUGAUGCAUCUACUUCUCUUAGUCAACUAAGGGAGCUAUCAUCCACAGUGUAUGAUCCCUUUUCGCAAGGAACAAGCUCAAACACGGACCCACGCAGCAUGGGCACAAACCCAAGUGAAGGAAACUUCACAUCUUGGUCUCAAGCCUACAACUCAACCGGGCACCAGCACCAGCAACAGCACCACCACCACUCCACCGCUCUCUUGUCACCGACUUUAUUCCCUCACAUUCAGCAUGGAAUGGUGGGACCAGAUAUAUCUGAGAUGAUGCGACAAGAGCAAGUGGAGAUCCCAUUAAAUGGCUCGCAUGUUCAAGUGGACAAUGAAGUUGCAAAUUAUGACUCCAAAGUUCAUCAGCUUAAUAAUAUGCAAUGACACCAAGAUUUGGAAAAAUGUUAGGAUCAUAGUAAAGUUCACACAUUUACUACUCACAACUUACUAAGUGGCUAGUUUUGACAAAAAUUGUGAACUUUGCUGUGAUCCUAGCAUUUUUUCCAAGGUUUGAAAGACUCGUUAUUAUGCACGGCUUUGUUACAGGGAUUCUUGUAUUUGUAUGAUUAAGAAACUGUGCAUAAAAAGGUAUAAAUACGCUAGUGCUUAUGAGGAUCAUAUAUGACUGUAUUGCAGAAUUUUGGCUUAAUUUUCAAUUUGU